CGCAAACCGAGCCCUCCCAGCAGCCUCCAGCGCAAGAUGGCGGCGCGGGGCUCGCCGCUUUUUCCUGUCUGAGGGAACACGAGGGACUGUGUCGCGGCGUCUCAGCACCGCGUGAGUCGGCGAGAAGGCAGAAGCGGAGGCCCGGCGGGUGCGAUGGCCGCGGUGGUGGCCAAGCGGGAAGGGCCGCCGUUCAUCAGCGAGGCAGCCGUGCGAGGCAACGCCGCGGUCCUGGAUUACUGCCGGACCUCAGUGUCAGCGCUGUCCGGGGCCACCGCCGGCAUCCUCGGCCUCACCGGCCUCUACGGCUUCAUCUUCUACCUGCUUGCCUCCGUCCUGCUCUCCCUGCUCCUCAUUCUCAAAGCGGGCAGGAGGUGGAACAAAUAUUUUAAGUCACGAAGACCUCUCUUUACGGGAGGCCUCAUCGGAGGCCUCUUCACCUACGUCCUCUUUUGGACCUUCCUCUAUGGCAUGGUGCACGUCUACUGAAAUGAGGGCAGGGGUGACUUUUAAAACAGAUCGGCAAGGCUCUUGCCAGAAUUAACACCGGGUAGACUGACUUAGUUUUUAAAUUGUUGGAAUUCGCUGCUUGUUCUGUACUGUUAUAAUUUAUAUCUGAAGACAGAGCCUGUAAUAUUAUUCUUCAGAUUAAAUGAAGUGUGACACCUUGUCGUUCUUUGCUUAGCCAAGCUUUGAAGUCGGCAAGAUUUGCUCCCUGGAGAGCAAGUACGAGGCCACAGCCUGUAUAUUUUUUUGGAUUUAACACCUAGUCCAAAGGGACCUCUAGAGUUUACAUGAGAGAAUUUAACGUGAACAUCUUAAGAACUGGUAACAGUUCGUGUUACUAAGCUUUCUCUGUGUACCGGCAUUGUGUGUUUUCAUUCUCGCCAAUAGCAAUGAAGAUGUUACUGUUAACUUUCUGUUAAUGAAAAACCUGAAGCACAGAGAGGUUGGUUGUCUCUGCCAGAAGUGGCUCAUCUGGAAGGGGGCAGGGCCGAGGUCCAGUUGCAAAUCCGUUUGCUUAUGCUGGAUUGGAUAAGAGUCCUUUUCUAGCACCCCCUCCCACUAACCACUGCUUUCCCACAUGAGUGAAAUCAGCUAAGUUCCAGUUACACCAGGUUUAGCUAGUUGCCUUUCCUAUAACAAAAAAUGCAAGCUAUUUUUCUAAAUUGUUGUCCUCUGGCGAUUAGGUUAUGUGGACAUUUAAUCAAAUGAGUUUGUUUCAGUUGAAAUGCCUCUGACUAUAUGUUCAUUCGUAAUCCUUCCUUGAGAGGAGGGUUUUAGAAUGAAGUACAUGUUUAACUGAAAAAAUAAAUACUUGUGUUAGACUUGUAGUGAA